AUGAAGGUAACCAUCGCCUGCAUGGCGGCGCUCGCUGUGCUCUUCAACGAUGCUCUGGCCCAAAGUCAGACCUUCUCCGACACUCUCCCGGACCCGGCGCUGCCCAGUCAGGACUUUCCCGCGCCCGAGGACGUCUUCGCGGUCUCGGGGACCUCAGCUCAGCCGCCCACUUCCCAGGUCGUUGUCACGCCAUCCGGUCCGCCUUUGGGUACGCCAACCAGGGUCGUCACUGUGACGCAGCCUGGCACAACCAUCGCCGUGAGCACGACUCCCACGUCCAAGAAGACCACAACAACUGGCACUGCGUCUGCAAAGACAACCUCAUCUGGCACUACGUCUAAGAAGACCACGACAACUGGCAGCGCUACUACUAAGAAGCCAACAACUACUCCUUGCACUACUUCUAAGAAGCCCACGACAACCCCUUGCACUACUUCUAAGAAGCCAACAACCACUCCUUGCACUACUUCUAAGAAACCAACAACUACUCCUUGCACUACUUCUAAGAAGCCCACAACAACCCCUUGCACUACUUCUAAGAAGCCAACCACCACUCCUUGCACUACUUCUAAGAAACCAACAACCACUCCUUGCACUACUUCUAAGAAGCCCACGACAACCCCUUGCACUACUUCUAAGAAACCAACAACCACUCCUUGCACUACUUCUAAGAAGCCAACAACCACUCCUUGCACUACUUCUAAGAAACCAACAACCACUCCUUGCACUACUUCUAAGAAACCAACAACCACUCCUUGCACUACUUCUAAGAAGCCCACAACAACCCCGUGCAAGUCUUCUACCAAGAAGCCAACAACCACUCCUUGUGCUACUUCCAAGAAGCCUACCACCACCCCGUGCAAGUCUUCUACCAAGAAGCCCACCACAACCCCCUGUAUCACCCACAAGAAGUCGACCAUGCACAAGAUCGUCACCUCUACCCGUUACCACAACACCACCCGAACUCACAAGACCUCUACCGUCGUCGUCGUAUCCGUCUCCUCCCAGCCAGUCACUGUCUCUACUAAGCUUGCUGUUCCUGUAUCCCCUACGGCUAUGCCGUCCUACAACACCUCGGUAGCUAAACACCAUCGUCCUCACGUUGCCCCGGUUCAGCCUCCCGCGCAGCCCCCCGCGCAGCCUCUUGCUCAACCUCCCGCUCAACCUCCUGCGCAGCCUCCUUCUCAACCUCCCGCUCAACCUCCCGCUCAACCUCCCGCUCAACCUCCUGCGCAGCCUCCCGCUCAACCUCCCGCCCAACCUCCUGCGCAGCCUCCUUCUCAACCUCCCGCUCAAUCUCCCGCUCAACCUCCCGCUCAACCUCCCGCGCAACCUCCUGCGCAACCUCCUGCGCAACCUCCUGCGCAACCUCCUGCGCAACCUCCUGCGCAACCUCCUGCGCAACCUCCUGCGCAACCUCCUGCGCAACCUCCUUCUCAACCGCCCCCAGCCACUCCGAGCCGGCCUUCCACCGUUGUCACCGCGGCCGGCGACAGCAUCAAGGCACCCUUGACCCUCGCCAGUGCUCUUCUCGUCGUCGUUGCCUUCUUUUAG